UGGAAGUAGACCAGGUUACAGUGGGAGAACUUUCACAGCACCAAAAAUCACAGCAGCCUGGCUACUGUGCAACAGGACAUUUUCAAUAUUAUUUCUGGUGCACCUCUGCCUCCUUUUAGCUCUCCACCAUGAAGAUACUUGCUCUGGGAUUUUGCAUACUGGCUCUGCUGACAUUUGGAAAGGCUCAAGAUGACAACACCUCGGCUGUCACUACACCUGAAGCAACUUCCCUUGAAACGAAUUCUAUGACCAUGCCUAUGACCGCUGACACAACCACCGCUUCGCCUAACACUACAACUGCUGGGCCACCAGACAUGACCACCAUCAAAAGCAUUACAGCUACAACCACCUCUCCAGCCACAUCUACAACUGUCGCCACAACCACUACUACAACCGCCACCCCAUCCAGUACUGCAAGUGGUACGACCACCCCUAAAACAACAGCUAAAACCACUUCCUCUACUACAAGUGGUACGACCACCCCUAAAACCACUUCCUCUACUACAAGUGGUACGACCACCCCUACAACAACGACAAAAAACACUUCCCCAGUCACCACUACAACCAUGUCUGUGACCACCGCAACAAUCACCACCCCAAACAUUACUGCAAUUUCUAAUACCACCAUGAAUACAACUACCUCGCCAAACACAACUAUGACAAUGACAACCAACAAAAACACCACCCCACAUAGUGGAGGCCCAGAAGUCAAAGCUUUUCUGCUGUUUUCUGUUGUGCCAUCAUUGCUUUACAUGCUCUGUCCCUGAAAAAUAACCCACCAAAAUGGCAAAAAGAAUCUUGGAUCACCGAUUCUGAGUGUAAAUGAAGACUGAGUUGAACUGAAUGCCGACGCGCUCCAAAGAAGUGGCUGAAUGAUUGAUUCAAAUCUAACCUUUUUAUGUAUGACAUUUACAAAUCAUUUUUAUAUUAACUACGUAUAUUAAUGGACUUAAGGUAUUUAAGGUUAACAAAAUGCCUCAAAAUGAAGUUCCUUAUAAAUGGUAGCUUUUAUUUUAGCUUCAGAUCGACAGAUGGACAGCAAAGCUUGUAGAUGAUCUCUUUCCUUUGAAUUUUUUCAGUUUACAUGUAAAAAUGACUAUACUUUAAAAGAAUAAAAACAUGAUAUGUAUUUCAAAAA